AUGGUAUACAGUUUAAAGCCAGAUAUCUUACAACAAACCAAUGUAGUUAAUGGUAUCCUAUCAUUCUUUCGAUGGACGCACGUAAUGGUCAUAGGUGAUAAAACAAAACCGCAGCUGGUUUCUGAGUUUGUUAAAAGCCUUGAAGUAUUAAACCCAAUAUUGACGACAGUACUUCACAUCAUCGACACAUCGAAUAGUCAAGACGUCGCCGAGAAACUUGCUCAAGUCAAGAAGACUGAUACGUCUGCUAUUGUAUUAAUCUGUGAAGCGUCCCAAGCACGCAAGGUGCUUACCGAGGCAGAGGAUUUGGGGCUUUUUAACGGCGAUCGCGCUUGGAUCAUUAGUGAAACGAUUGCGGAGGUUUUAUCCGGGAUAACGAGAAUACCAACGGGACUAUUAGGAAUACGAUUGCACAGGUCAUGUUACUCCACCGUAUAUAAGUCAUUACGUGACUUGGUGUAUGACGCCUUGAUGGUGUACGUCUAUGCACAAAAAACAUUCAAUAACACGGAAGGAAGUAUAUCAUCAAGGAAUYACGCGAGUUGCUAUGGUGAUAUAAGGAAUAUGGAUAGUAAAAAGAAUACGGCUUUCUUCAGACACAUCCUGGCCAUGAAAAUAACAGGAAAAACAGGUCACAUCCAGUUUGACAGCUUUGGUAACAGGAUUAAUCCAGAGUAUGACAUCGUUAAUCUUCAAGCAAAGUCGAACGGUGACAAAGAAUGGAUAAGGAUUGGACACUGGAGCAAUCACGAAUUGGUAUGUAAUAAAGUGCCAAUCCAAUGGCCAGGCAACAAAGUGGAACCUCCAACUAAUAUCCUACACACUAGGGUUCUACGUGUUGCAACAGCCAUCACGGAACCCUUUGCCUUCUUCGGCGCUUUAAAAGAGCCUGAUAACAAAGAAGGUACAUUCGUCUGCGCCUCUGGAUUUCCGUGUAAAGUCUACCAGUUAACUUCAAUUGGUUCUUACACAAUUGAGCAGAAAUGCUGCAAAGGUUUUGUCAUCGAUUUACUCGGCAUGCUACAAAAUGACCUCGGCUUCAAAGCUGACCUCCACGUUGUCAAAGACGGUAAAUACGGGGCAUUAGAUAAAGGCAAGUGGAAUGGACUGAUAGGAGAACUCGUACGAGGGGAAGUCGACCUAGCAAUUGCAGACCUCACGAUCACAAAUUUAAGGAGCCAAGCAGUUGACUUCACUCAGCCAUUUCUUCACAGUGGGAUGAAUAUUCUGGUUGCAGUACGCAUUAACCGUACGGGCUGGCUUCUUAGGUUUCUAGAGCCUUUUACCAUUGAACUUUGGGUGUUGAUAGUAGUUACCAUCAAUAUAAUCGUCAUUCUCUUGUGGCUUAUCGAUAGAAAAAGUCCCUGUGGACAUUAUAGGAAAGGAAAAGACUACAAAGAAAGAAAGAAAUUCCACUUGAUUGCUAGCUUGUGGUUCAGCUGGGGUACUGUGUUCCACAUCGAUGAAUGUGAAGCCAGGCCCAGAUGUUACAGCAGUCGAUUGAUUACUGUAGUGUUUGCCUUCGCUAUGCUGGUGUUAACGAACACCUACACUGCUAAUCUAGCUGCUGUUCUUGUGUCUGAGGGAGAGGUGCUUCCUCUAUCAGGAAUACAGGAUCCUAAGCUUCAAAAUCCACCCAAAGGAUUUACAGUGGGGACAGUUGCAGAUACAAGUCUGGAGAAGACGUUUAAAGGAAGCAAAAGUGCUGUGUAUUCUCAAAUCUGGAGAAACAUAAAAGGAAAUAGUGUUAAAACAUUUGCCGAAGGAGUGCGGAAAGUAAUCGAAGGCGAACUAACAGCAUUUAUCGGAGACGAACCAACUCUAAUGUAUCACAUUGGAAGACAAAAAUCCUGUGACCUCAAACUUGCAGGAAAGCCAUUCUUUCAUUCGGGGUUUGGCCUAGCUUUACCCAAAAACUCAACGCUCACUAAAAGAUUCUCUAAAGUUUUGAUUCAGUAUGAACAACUAGACACCUCACGCAAGCUAUCAAAUAGAUGGUUACGGGGGUCCUGUGGUGCAAAAGAAGAUGGUAAAGCCAUAUUUAAAAGAAUGGCUAUAGAUGAUGUAGGAGGAGGCUACGCCAUAGUGCUUGUUGGUGUGGUCGUUUCGAUUCUUGUCUUGGCCAUUGAGUUUUAUGUGGAUAGAUUUGGGUUCCCUUUAUCUCAUAUUUGGACAAACAAGCCUCAUCGAUCCUGGCCUUCUACAAGAGAACUUUACCGGAAGGGAUCGGGGAACCAAUCAGAAGCAUUCUCCUUAGCGCCCUUAGAGUUGAGUCUAAGUGAACGUAGGGUUGCACCGAGCAUGCGUGACCCCUGGAAUUCUUUUGUCAUCUAUAAUCCCCAAGAUAUCACAAACAGAAGACUCGAGCUUCAGGAUUUUGAUAACUUCUUCGAUAGCGUUUCUCGUCAUUCUUUAAAUAAUUCUCAUACUCAUACAAACAUCGGUUUUGACGACGACUGCGAGGAAAAGUUGGAAGAGCAGGACUCUGGACCAAGUCCUUUAUGAAAAACAGGAAAACAUGCUCAGUUGAACGUUCACUUAUAUGUGAACCAGAUUUCUUUGUGUGUGGAAUAUAGUACCUAAGAUAAAGACAAUAAUAAAACACACAAGUCUUCACUGAUUUUAUACUCCGCRAUCUCAACAUUGGAGAAAAUUGGAAAACCAUUCGUACUUCGGUGUUAGUAGACCGGUCCGUAAUACACGAUCCUUCUCUUAACCGUUUUUGAAAGUCUAAAAUGAAAAGCCAAAAGUAACAUAUAUGGCAAGAUGUCAAAAAUAAAUUUUAAUUUUAAUGGUCUUUGGUUAAACAAAGUUGUGCAUUCCUUACUUUACCGUUAGCAUUUGUAGUAUC